AAUAUUCGAGAUCUGUGUUCACUUCGGAGAUAUCGUUAUUUCGAACAUUCUGGAGUGUUGGAAACUAAAAACCAAAUAACGCUAUUGUUAAAUGACUUUUAUUAAACACAACAGAAACUCAACAUUGUUCUGACUGUGAAAGAAUCUAACUAACAAUAAGAUCCGAUCACGUGACUCAUCAUGUGACAGCGCUGCUCAGGGGCCUUCCUGCGCGUCGCUUUCGAUCGUCAACUGUAUUUGGCUGGUACAUCAGGGCGCAGUGAUGCCGAUCCCCUCCACGCGCUCAACUGGCAUGCAUGAAGAUGCAAAGUCGGCAUCCCUGUGGUACAUAUCUUCGACUGAAAUCGUAUUUUUCUCUUUCGUGAGCAUCGUGUGUUACAUUGUGCUGUGCGUAAAGUGCGAUUAAAAAUGUAGAGGUAUGAGUGGAAGUUCUUACAUCGCGAGUAGGUUUGUGGUGCGCUAGGCGAUGCGAGAGAUGGCGUGCUGCGCAAGAGGAGAGAGAGAAAGUAGAUUAAGAUACUAAAAAGUGUGCGAGAGAGAAGUGUUGCGCGAGUAGUGAGACAUCGCGUGCAUGUUAGCGAGCAGGACGUCGCGCGGAAUAACGAGGUUUGUAAGUGCGGAAAGAUUCUACAAAACCUCAGUGGCUAGAAUCCUACAAAAAUGAAUGAAAAAAAGGUAUAUUGUGCUUUACAACAACGGUGUAAGUGCAUUAAAUUUGUGUCUGAAGAAGGUGUAUCAGAUGUAGAGAUUAUUCGACGUAAAGUCCGAGAUAUUUGUACGCGAGAUAAAUCUCUAAAUAUGGCGAUGCAUAACAAAACGAUUGUUAUACAAAUGAAAGAUUCAGACAGAGAAGUGUGGUGUGAUGUCGAGGAAAAUGAAGAGAUACCCGAUAAAGUUGAUUUAAAUGUUAUUCUUUUAUCAUCAAUGUCUGAAUCAGUAUCGUCUCUUUUACCUGACGAAAAUGUUUCAAUUGUUACGCCGACAACAUAAAAAAACGAGGAAAUAUUAUCUAUGGAUGUAAAAGUUCUUUAUACUGAACCCUUAGUUGUAAAAGAACAACAAUACAUUGUCAAGGAUAAUGAUACAGCUCUCCAAAGUGUACAGAUAACAGAUCCUGAAUUAGUUAAUGUUUCAAAGACAACGUGUGACUCAGAUCAAAGCAAAUUAUCAUCAAUUUCUGCGGGUCCAGGAACUAUUUCACCCUCUGCACCAUUACCUCCUUUGUCAUUCGACUUAGAAUAUAAAGUGCGAACAUUUGGUACAUUGCCUGCACAGAAAGAUUUAAUGUAUCAUUGGGGUUCGUAUUUAUGGCAAGCUACGGCAGGACAACCUUCAAAACGGGAUUAUCAAACUUUGGCAACUAGUAUUGUUAAAGCCUAUCCAUCACUAGGAACAAGUGAUGGUAGUUCU